UCCGCCAUUUUUCCUCGCCGCGUGUUGCUGCUGUAGCUGUCUGUGUAGAGCAGUCUGGUGAAAGAACAAGUCCGCCGCCUGUCUUCUGUUCGCGGGUAACAACAUGAAUCAAGAGAAGCUAGCCAAACUUCAGGCCCAGGUCCGGAUAGGUGGAAAGGGGACAGCACGCAGAAAGAAGAAGGUGGUACACAGAACAGCAACAGCUGAUGACAAAAAGCUGCAGAGCUCUUUAAAGAAGCUGGCCGUGAACAACAUCGCCGGCAUCGAGGAGGUGAACAUGAUCAAGGACGACGGGACGGUGAUCCACUUCAACAACCCCAAGGUGCAGGCCUCCCUGUCCGCCAACACCUUCGCCAUCACGGGCCACGCAGAGACCAAGCAGCUGACAGAGAUGCUCCCAGGCAUCCUCAGCCAGCUGGGUGCCGACAGCCUGACCAGCCUGCGCAAACUCGCCGAGCAGUUCCCCCGGCAAGUGCUUGACAACAAAGCACCCAAAGCAGAGGAUAUUGAUGAGGAAGAUGACGACGUACCAGAUCUUGUAGAGAAUUUUGACGAGGCGUCGAAAAAUGAGGCAAACUGAAGCUUCCCCCGGGCAAAGAGGGGGGACUUCAACUCGGGGGGACUUCAGUCGUGAGAGCACCUUGCUCCUUGCUCCAUCAGAAAGUCUGAUGCAUUGCACCACCACCCACCCACCAACCAACCAACCAACUGAAGACGUUUUUUUGUAUUUUUAACGGCAAUCCGCUUCAGGAUCCUCCAUUCAGAAGGACUUGUGCUCUUAACAGCAAAGCUCCAGAUAAUGCCCAAUGGUUAAAAUUGACCUCUGAAUCGCCAGUCUUGGCCAUGAUCACAGUGGCGAGGCAGAACGCUAGUCUUAUUUAAUUUUUUUUUCCUCUUUGUGAAACACAAAAUAAAAUCAAUUGAUUAACCUUU